AAUACUUUCCACAGAACAGUAUGAACAGAAAAUGAACCAGCUUCUACAAGACUCGUCAGUUUACAAACAAUUAAGGAGAGACCCUACCAAUGAAUUUCAAUGUAAAAACAACAAAAUUGUCAAACAACUGAAAGACAAAGGUUUUAUUGAUGCUUCCAUGGCCAGAAAAUUAACCACCUAUAAAGCGAUUCCACCAAGAAUAUAUGGACUUCCUAAAGUACACAAAGCAGACAUCCCAUUGAGGCCCAUCGUCUCCACAAUUGGCUCAGCGUCAGUUGAACUCAGUCAAUUUAUGACACAGAUUCUCACAGAAGCAUUCUCAGAUUUCCAUGAUUAUACCAUAGCUGACUCUUUCCAAUUUGCUUCCAAAAUUAAUAACUUUAUAUUACCCCAAGGGUAUAAACUCAUUUCCUUAGAUGCUGUCAGUUUAUUCACGAAUAUUUCACUAGAGCUAGUUAUACAAAUUAUCCAGCAAGAAUGGUCCAGAGUAAGUCAGGUCACAACCAUAGAUAUAUCACUUUUUCUAAUAAUCAUAAAGUUUUUGUUUGAGUCCAGCUAUUUUGUUUUCAAGGGUUCCUUCAUUUCACAAAUCUUUGGCUGUGCAAUGGGGAGUAAAAUCAGUCCCAUUUUGGCUAAUAUAGUCAUGUCAGUGCUUUUGAAAUAUUGCAUUCCUCUACUGCCCUUCCAGGUGCCGAUUACCUAUCAAUAUGUUGAUGACCUUCUCCUUGCAAUUCCCGAAGACAGGACUGCUACGACUUUGGCAGUUUUCAAUAACUACGACCCAUACAUUAAGUUUACUGCAGAAGAAGAAACUGAAAAUGGUGUCCCAUUCCUUGACACCAAAGCUAUCAGAUGUGCAGGUAACAUUGUAAAAUUGGAUUGGUACCAAAAACCGACCUCUUCAGGUCGUUAUAUACAUUAUAGUUCCAACCAUUCUUGGGCUAUGAAAACUAACUUAAUUAAAGGUAUGUUUCGUAGAAUUAAGAAAAUCUGCCAUCCAGACUUUCUUCAUAACAGUGAAGAAAAGUUGCUUAAGAUCUUUGAGAACAAUGGUUACCCUAGGAUGUUUUUGAACAGAUGUCUGCAUUCUCUAACUUCUGACCAAGUCGACGAGGUCCCACAAAUAAGAACAUCGACAUUAGUCGAACCUGCCACACAUGACAAAUAUGUAAGCCUGCCCCUCAUUCCACCAUUAACAGCCAAACUAAAGAUAGGAUCCACACCAUGUCUAGAUCUGACGUGGUUUAUCGCAUUCCAUGUGAGAACUGUGAGUCUGUGUAUGUUGGACAGACAUCACAAUGUUUAAAAAGACGUAUCUCAAUACAUAAGAGUGACGCCAGAUUACGACCUGAUAGAUGUGCAUUAGCUAGCCAUUCGUCCUCUCUAGACCACCAUUUUAAGUUUGAUGAAGUUGAAAUAUUAUGUACCAAUUCUAACUAUAAUAAAAGAAGUUUCCUUGAAAUGUGUUUUAUAAAUGAAAAUGAAAAUAAUAUAAAUAAGAAGACUGACUUGAAGAAUU